AUGGGUCCAGCAAUCCAGGGACGAAAGAUCGCCUUCAUUGGCGCUAGCGGCCAGGUCGGAGGGCCUACCAUCGAAACCCUUCUCAAGCUGGGAGUCCACACCAUUACCGCCAUUCAGCGACCCGAAGCUACCAGCACGUUUCCUCCAGGUGUUAUUGUUAAGAAGGGUAGUCUUAAGGAUGAAGCAUUCCUUGUUGAAGUUCUUAAAGGCCAAGACGCCCUCGUUCUCAUGCCACCUCUGCCCCAGCUUGUCGAGCUCCAGGAGCCUGCAAUCCGUGCGGCCGCCAAGGCUGGCGUGCCUUAUAUCUUCCCAUCUGAAUUUGGCCCCGACCCCUUCGCCGGAGAGCUUGUGAAUGAGAAUGGGCUGCUCAUCGCAAAAAAGGGUAUCCGCGACCUGAUUGAAAAGCUUGGUGCUAGCAGCUGGGUAUCCAUCGCCACUGGCCCGUGGCUUGAUGGAGGCCUCGCCCCUGGUCUAUGGGGUAUCGACGCGAAAGCUCGCAAGGCAACCAUCUGGCGAGGCGCCAAUGGUAAGGUCAGCACGGCAUCUAUCGCACACACUGGUCAAGCAACUGCCGCGACGCUGAGCCUACCAGAGGCUGAUCUGGCCAAGUACAAGAACAAGGCUGUCUAUACGCCGUCAUUCCAUCUAACGCAGCGGGAGAUCCUAGACGCUGUUUUGCGCGCAACGGGCACAACGGAGGCGGACUGGGACAUCCAGACGCGGGAUGUGAACGAGGUGGCUAAGGAGUAUGAGGAGAAAAUUAGCCAGGGUGACGGCUUUGCGCCCUUCGUUAAGUUCUUCGUCACACACUUCUUCGAGGGCCACGGCGGUGACUUCCACCACAAGGUAGAUGCAGCUGAACUGGCAAAACUAGAGCAAGUAGGACUGCAGAAGGAGGAUCUCGACCACGUCGUCAAGGUGGCGCUACAGUAG